AUGGUCUCAUUCUGGCCCUGGGGUAGCGAUGAUACCUCACCCGCCUCCUUUGAAAAGACGCUCUCGUCACUGUCCUCGAAAAUUACCAGCACGCAAACGACGCUCGACAGGACCCGCGCCAGCGCCCGCCGCAUCAAGGUCCUGCUGGUGCUAUAUCUCGGUUUCGCUUACCUCGUAUACGCCAUUGUUCAGCUCGUCGUCGUAAAGUACCGGAACAUGGGCGCCCUAGAGUGGGCAGGCAUGGCCAUAGGGCCCGUCUUCAUUAUCCUCACGCGCAAACUUGUCGGAGCGUAUUUCAACUUUCGAACCGAGUCCCUCGGCAGGAGACUAAAGGACCAGCAAGAAGAGCGCACCAAGACGAUCCAGAAACUUAAGGACGCGACAAGAUACGAUUCGACCAUGGAGCUGAUUGAAAAGUAUGGCGGCGAGAAGAAGAAGGAAGCUGCUCGCUCCGACAGCAAAAACAAGGAUGGCGACAAGCAGUCUCAACAGCCCGUGCCACCCAAUGGCUCUCCGAACCGGACACGUCUCCCUCCCCCUCCUACCGCCAACAUCCAGCCUCGUACUCCGAUACCCCCCGCCUCCGGCCCCUCCUCCCCGGAGCCUAAUUCCCUCAAACCGGGCGCCGAAUUUGCCCCCAACGCCUUUACCCAUCCUCCUCCUUCAUUACAAGCUCAACAGUCCGCACCCGUCGGUGGUGGCCCUGUCGAAUCGCACUGGUACGAUCGCAUAUUUGACGUUCUCCUCGGCGAAGACGAGACCCUCCCCAAGAAUCGCAUCGUACUCCUUUGUCUAUCAUGCCGGCUCAUUAAUGGCCAAGCACCGCCAGGCACGCGCAGCCUUGCGGAGUUGGGCAUCUGGAGGUGUAUGGGAUGCCACGCGGCGAAUGGCGUGGUCGAUGAGGGCAAGCGCAUUGUGGAUGAGGUGCUUGCAUCUUCACAGCAGAAUGUUGAAGAGGAAGUAGAUACGCCGGUUGAAAGCGAAGGGGUUCAUGAGGCAGUGGAUGUCAGUGGGAGCGGAGACAAGGUUUCCUCCGCGACGGGCGUGGAAAGUCACGAUGGUGCGAAACAGAGACGGGGCAAGAAUAAAUAG